CUACUCAUGCUCAUAGUCAUUUCAUUCACUCUGCAAAUAAUAAUGUGUUGUCUAAAAUAAAUCAUAAUUACAGUGACUCUUUUUGUAGCAAAAUGAGUUUUUGUGUGGAUUUAGUUUCAGAAGAUUCUUUUUAUGAAAAUAUUACUUUGGGUGUAACUAAAAUUUUAGAGUCCGACCCUCGGAUUUGCAAUGUGAAUGUGGAGCGCCGGAUUCCUUGCGACCGCGUCGCCCUCUCUACUUGGGAACAACGACAUUCUGCUGCAUUACCCGAGGAUCUUCGAAAUUUCUAUGCCUCAUGUGAUGGAUUUUCACUUACUUGGCACUACAAGUAUUCAGCUGACCAGGUACUGCCCGUUGGUUCCAUUCGAGUCAACUCCUUGAACGAACUGGUUCUUUCCCCAGCUUUGAAGGAUCUGCUCGACUUCUCUUUAACUCGACCGAACACUGGGCCACGGCCGGUUCUGAACAACAAGAGCAAAGUGUUUGAACUAGAUUCUUGUAGAACAAUUGGCAAGGUAUGCCUGGUGUACACUGGAGGCUCGUGGUCGGUGUGGCUGGGCACCCGUUCGGGCGCGUGGGGGUGGCUGGCAGACUCCUUCACGCAGUACUUCAGGAUGGCGCUGGUGCACUUCGGGCUGCCCGGCUGGCAGGCCGCCUUCGCGGGCCUGCCACCAAUACCCUGGGCCGAGCAACUGUUCCUUCUGCUGGCGCCGCAUUUGUUGGAAAAAGUAGACGAAAAGCCCGUGGCUGCAUCCUCGUCCGAGGCCAGUCUCAACCACAUCGACUCAAACAUCUUCAAGGCCUCCGCGAGGCAGCACAAGAACGCACCCAGGCAGACCAAUGCGUAGAACCAGGCUAUGGGGUUGGCAACUGUCAAAAGUUUGUAUAGGUUUUACGAGUUUUGCUCUAUGAAAUUAGGCUUUAAAGGCUAGGCCAUAGAAAAAUACAAGAAUUUGACACUAUUCGUAGGACUAACAGGUAAAACCUAUGCUAACGCAAUUUACGGCCAACCCCAUUGAAGAAAUAGACGAGCAUGGUCAACGUUAAGCCCGCUCCACACUCAUGCGCGAAUCGCGGUGCGAAGCCGCGAACGCGAGUGUGGAUUCGAAUUCGCUGAUCUGCGAAAUCGGCUCCACACUCGUGUUCGGUGCUUCGCGCCGCGAUUCGCGCACGAGUGUGGAGGGGGCUAGCGCCGGUUGCAAAUAACAGUCCUUCAAAGUUAGGUUUUAUGUAAAGUUUGCCAGCUAGUACUCUAUGGUUAGAGCUGCCGCCGCCAUAUUUAACGCCAACAAUCGGUUAACGGUUUUACAUGUCUAAAAGGUCAAUAUCCGCAUGUUUUUAGCUUAGGGGCCCACUGAUUAAC